GAUAAGUAGGAACGAUGUAUCCUAGACCGAGCUUCCUCAUGCGCCGUCGAGCUUCGCGCGUGUACAUUCUUUGACCCUGCCGCGUACUUCCUUCUUUACGCAACGAGAAUAUCUCGUCCAGCGUAGGAGCUUGAUUCCAUUUCUACCUCUACUGUCAACUCCAUCUCUCCUCCAAACAUGCCUUUCCUCGCAAAAGAACACUUUCCUCUGUCGAACAAGGACAUCCUUUCAUGGACAUUCGACAAUCUGAACUAUGACUGGGACUCGCCCAUUUACAUCGAUGCUCUCAAUCCCAGCCGAUCGAUAUCCGCACGCCAGGCGAGAACAAUGGCUCGACAGCUAGCUGCUGGGUUGAAGAAGAUCGGUCUGAAGAAGGGCGACUGUGUCUCCAUCCACUCGGCGAACGACAUCUACUACCCGAUUUUCUUCCUCGGCGUUAUCGCUGCUGGAGGCGUCUAUGCCGGGACCAAUCCAGGGUACACGAUCCACGAGCUGGAACACACAACUCGCAUAGCGAAGGUCAAGUUCAUCUUCUCCCAACCAGAGCUGAUGGACAACAUUGUGAAGGCGGCAGACGCGAAUGGCAUCAAGAAAGAGAACUUGGUCGUUUUCAAUCCGCAUGGAGAGAAAGCACCUCCAGGCUUCCUUCAGUGGAAAGACCUUCUACAACACGGCGAGGUCGACUGGGAACGAUUUGACGAUUACGAAACCGCAUAUCAGACGGGAGCUGCCAGACUGUAUUCUUCGGGCACGACCGGUCUCCCAAAAGCUGCCGAGCUCUCCCAUCUCAACCUGACUGCACAGCACAUGCUCGUGUACGAACACAACCCGAAGCCAUACAAAGUGAGAAGGCUUUGUGCUCUGCCCAUGUUCCAUGCGGCCACGGCACCCAAUAUCUUCUGCACACCUCUCCGCAAUGGCGAGCGAUGUUAUGUGCUCCCGAAAUUCGAUCUUGAGAAGUGGUUCUGGGCCCAUGGGGAAUACCAGAUCACAGACUUUGGAGCCGUUCCCCCGAUCGUGAUCAUGGCGAUCAAUAGCCCACUCAAGGAUAAGUACAGCUUCAAGUCGGUCAAGGCAGGCCAGAUUGGAGCUGCUCCGCUGGACAAAGGCCCUCAAGCACGGAUGCAGGCACUUCUCGGAAAAGAGGCGCCGUUCACUCAAGUCUGGGGCAUGACAGAGACGAGCUGCAUCGCAACACGGCAUAAGUACCCUAGCCACGACACGACCGGCAGCGUUGGUGUGCCGCUUGCAAAUCUCGACCUGAAGUUGGUGGACGAUGAUGGCAAGGAUAUCUCGGAUUAUGGCGUUCGAGGAGAAUUGUGUGUUCGGGGACCCACUGUCAUCAAGGGCUACUACGACAACCCGGAAGCCAACGCAAGAGAUUGGGACGAGGACAACUUCUUCCAUACCGGAGACAUUGGCUGGGUGGAUCCAGAUACCAAGCUUUACUACAUCGUCGACCGGAAGAAGGAGCUCAUCAAAGUCCGCGGCUUCCAGGUCGCUCCGCCAGAGCUCGAGGGAGUGCUACUGUCACAUCCAGAGAUUGUCGAUGCAGCUGUGAUUGGCGUGCCUGACCCUGU